CUGCAUACUCCAUCUAAGCCCACACAAAAUAAGCGGUGAUAUGGUGAAUGUCAUUUGAUUUAUCCGGGUGGAUGUUGAAACGGUGCUUUUUUUCUUGUUUAUUUAUCAACAGAUGGAAAAGUGAUAGAGGUUUAUUGAAACUUAAUGGGACUCCGGAAUUGGAGAUUAACAAGCCAGUCCUCACCAGACAUAAAUGAGGCAGAGAAUAAGGAGUCCUGCCCACUCCUUCAAACAAAUGCGCUCACAACAUUGAGGAGUUUCAGGAGCGAAAAGAAGGAGAGAGAGCAGGACAUCAAGCAGUGGAGGAGGACCACAGCCUCUCUCUGUAGUGCAACUGGUGGCAACAAACCUCAGAAAACUGAAAGCAAGCCUAUCUCAUCUCCCGAUGGUCCCUCUGUGAGCUGGACUCUAAUUGACCCUCAGACUCACUGUUGCAGCCCCACAUCUGGAUUUAUAUCCAUCACCAUCUCCACUCGGAAAAUUUCAAGCCCCCUGAAACAGCCAGGCCAGAUCCCAUCAUCCUCUAGAGUUAGCUCAACGGUGAAAAAUGAUAAAGCAUGCAGUAAUUCCCCAGUGCCAUUCAGCUGCAAAGCAACCAUGGUGAAGGUGACUGAGCACAGAGAAAGAUAUGAGGCAGACCAGAAGAACACUUAUUCUCUCUCCGUCUCAAAACGACCCACCUUUUCCUCCUCUGUCCACCUGGAAAUUCUCUCCUGCCAGUCCCCCAGUUCUAUAUUUUACCUAUACAAAUUGCUGUCUGUUCCUCUGUUUGGUCCACAAGACAACAGGCCUUCUGUACACAGGUCAGCUCUUUUUUUAUCCAUUAGAAAACUACAUUUGUUCUCCAGCUUGGAGAGACCACAAGAAGCAACAAGACAUCUGCUCAAGCCCUGUGAACAAAAUAUUAUAGACUGUAAUGGAACAGUAGAAAAGACCCAUUGCUUUGGCAUGGCCAUUGUCAAAUCCAGGACUUCCAGGGGUGACACCAGCUCUGAUACAAUGGUGCAGCUAGCCAAUUUAUCACCAUUGCCAUUCAAAGCAAGGUACCACUCAUCCUCAGAGGCGGUCAGAGUGAAUGAAAAGGCUAAUGAUGUCUCAGGGACUGUGCGGAGCAAUCAAAGGGAGUACGUUGAAGGCCCAGUGACGUCUGGAGUGAGGGUGAGAGCCUCUUCCCUUGGCAGAAUUCCAUGUUCCCACACUGAAAUGGUUCCUAGUCCACAGGAGUGUGUUGUCUUUUCCCACCUGCUUAACAGCUGUUCUUGUGGAUCCAACAGCACCAACCAGCUCCACCUCUUGAGCCUUAAAGAGGCUUUACAACUCUUUCGGCCAGAUUUUAUCAUCCGCUCUCAGAGACGUGUACAUCAAUUGGAGCAGAGGGCCAGAAAGAGGCGGAGCUUACAACCCGCAGAUUCCAUGAUGUUGUUGCAGGCCACCAAUAGGAGGCAGAUCUGCACCAAGCCACACCCACUCAGUGAUAAUCUUUUUAAACCCAAGGACAGAGUGAUCUCAGGCAAGGAGAUGCAGCUCCGAUCUAGACGGAUUUACAACAAACUGCCUGAGGUGACCAAAAAGAAAGAAGAAGAGAGAAGAAGACUGGUGUUGCAAACCAACAGACUGAAAGCUGAAGUCUUUAAGAAGAAACUUCUAGACCAGAUCCUACAACGAAACGGUGACUGAGGAGCAUCUGUGCACAAGACUUAUGUCCUUCAUGUCCUUCUCCUUGCCUGUGGCAAAAAACUUGAGACUCAGAAGACCUCUGGAGCCCCCAACUGAGAUCAGUACAGUGGUUUUGCAACCAUGACUCAAAAUACAAAACACGUCUCGCCGUACUUGAGUUGAAAGCACAUGUUCAUGCCCUGAUGCUGAUGAAAUGGCGAUUAUAAGUCACUUUGUCAGAGUAGAAGACAUAGCUUCAUCAUAGCAGACCUUAUGAAAACAGCAUGACUGGCUCUCAUUUGAAUGGACAUUAUAAAGUUUUAUAGAGCUGAUUAUACUCUUCUCCUAGAGCACUAAUGAAGAGUCUGCCCAAUCAAAUGAAAGAAAUUACAUUCCUUUUUAUCAUUUGAUGUGCUCAGAAGUAUACGAGCGUAUAAUUUUGGAUAAAUGUCUAGUUAAUAGAGUCUCCGGAAAAAGACAUAUGCACAUACAUAGUCUAAUACAUUAUUCAUUUAGUGAUUAAUCACUCCAUUGUUUUAGCUGAAAGUAAUACAUCACUCAAAUGCUUUGGGAUUAGAUGAGAGUUUUUAAUCAUUGUUCUACAGCAUAUCCAGUUACACUGUCAUAUAUUGAGACUGAUUUUAAUGAGAAACUGAUUCCUUUGAUUAAUACUAUAGAAAUUACAUAUGCGCAUGUUUAUGUAUAGCAGAUAGAAAAUGGGUUGUCUUCCUUCUCUGCUUUUCUUUACCUAACACAUUAACCACUGUAGAAAUGUUCGCUUUCAGCAGGCUACCUCAGAAUGUACUACCUUGACGUCUUCAUACCUGCCUGUCUGUUUUCAGUGCUACUUAAUCAGAUUGUGGCCUCCUUUAUAAUUCAGAUAUUAUUCCCCUCUUUCUCACGUGGCCUCUUCCAAUCAAUUGAGCU